CCAUUUCCAUUCCAUUCGCAAGGGGUCUCCUCCCAAACAAAGCCUUACCGAUCGGCUGCUGCCUGCUGGCUUUUAUUUUCCGGCAAUAGUAUUUGGAUCUGUUUUCGUUUCGCAGCAAAUGGCAUCUGCUAUGAUGAGCAGAGCCCUAAAAUCAAUAAACCCUUGCCUGCUCAGAACCCUCACCUCUCACUCUCUGAACCGCCACAUGACGGCCACCGCCGCCGCCCAACCCGAAUCCGACGCAUCAUCUUCUUCGUCCUUCACGUUUUCGUCCGACGGCGCCCAGCAGGAGUCUCCAAACACGGAUGACCGCAGUAUAUUUAUUAAGGCGCCUAAUACGAAGUCAUCGCCGGCAUCUGCGUCUUCGGUUACCAUGCCGAUGUCGUUCAUGACGGGCUCGGUUGUCGGGAAGAGAUUUUACAAGAACGUUACAACUAGAGAGGCCGACGACGGCAACGGCUGGACUGUAAUGCUUGACUACAGAACCCUCAAAACCCCUUCCAAGAGGCCCCUCAAGUGCCCUACUCUCGCUCUCGCUAAGGCUAUUGCUGUCGAAUGGGAAUACCAGCUAACAGAUGGAAUCAGACCCUUCACAAUGCCUUUGAUGAAACUUGCGUGCACGGCAUUGGAAAGAGUUCCACUCACUCGCCCCAAGGUAAUUGACAGUCUGCUGAAGAAGUUCCACCAAGAUUUAGUCUUCUGCCGUGCUCCUGGUGAUUGUGACCUGACCCGUGGAGUCCUUGAACGGCAAGUGGAGAAAAUUGAUCCUUUACUUGAGUGGGUGGAGUCAGAAUUUGGCUUUAAGCCUGUUGUAUACUCCAGUUUCUUUGGUGGGAAACAGGAAGAUGGUCUUGUAAAUGCUGUUGAGAGCCUUCUUAAGAGAACAGAUGAUUGUGAAUUGGCUGCAAUUGAUGCAAUUGCGGCAGCAGCUCACUCACUAAUUAUUUCCAUUGGAAUCUUUCGGGGAAGACUGCAGAUUGAGGAAGCAAUUGAAUUGAUUAGACUAGAAGAAGAUUUGCAGAUUGACAAGUGGGGUUUGGUUGAAGGUGGCCAUGAUGUUGAUGUUGCUGAUCUCCGUGUACAAAUCUCAUCAGCUGCUGUGUUUCUGGGACUUUCAAGGAGGCCCUAAAAUCUGUGAAUGCUGUUGAGUCCUGCAUCAUUAUCCAUGAAUGUGAAAUGAAGAUGAGUUCAUCAUUAAAGUAAAAAGAGUUGUGUUUGGGCACUUGCUGUAUGAUGAUUGAGGACUUGCUUUAAAGCUUAGUAACAGGCAAGCACCAUGAUAGCUAGCAAAAGAGCUAAAGGUUCUCAUAGUGAUUUCCAUCGAAUAACUUCUAAUACCCUCAUGUACUUUAUGUUUGAUGCCUUAUUUAUCUGUAAUUAUUCAUGUCCCAGUAUUGCCAUGGUAAUUUCAGAUUUAAUGCUGCCGUUAUGUAGACAAAACAUGAAGCUUAAUAUGUUCAUUUGAGUGGUAUGGUGAUGCAUAUUGCAGUAUAAUCGUAUCUUCUGUGUCACUGAGGAAUUGUUGCAUGUAAUCUGAAGCUGUCACCCUGCUUUAAGUGCUUGAUACCUCUCAUAUUCCUUUACCAUCA